AUGGGGGCGGCGCUGGGGGUGUCGCUGGCCCCCCAGCUGGUGCUGCUCCUGACGAUGGGGGCGGCGCUGGGGGUGUCGCUGGCCCCCCAGCUGGUGCUGCUCCUGCUCCGCAGACGAUGGGGGGCGGCGCUGGGGGUGUCGCUGGCCCCCCAGCUGGUGCUGCUCCUGGUGCCGGCCGAUUCGGGCUCCCCGCGGCGCCGGGGGCUGCUGCGGCUGCUGCUGAGCUUCGCCGCGGGGGGGGCUGCUGGGGACGCCUUCCUGCACCUCAUCCCCCACGCCCUGGCCCCCCACGAGCACCACGAGGGCCACGGCCACUCCCAGCACGGGCACGGUGAGAGCCCAGGGCACCCUGGGGACACCCUGGGGACGAUUUGGGGAGCCCCCCACGAGCACCACGAGGGCCACGGCCACUCCCAACACGGGCACGCCCCCCACGAGCACCACGAGGGCCACGGCCACUCCCAGCACGGGCACGCCCCCCACGUGCACCACGAGGGCCACGGCCACUCCCAGCACGGGCACGCCCCCCACGAGCACCACGAGGGCCACGGCCACUCCCAGCACGGGCACGUGCCCCCUUUUGUCCCUGCAGGUCCCCACGAGGGCCACGGCCACUCCCAGCACGGGCACGGCCAGGCGCUCUCCGUGGGGCUCUGGGUCCUGGCCGGGAUCGUGACGUUCCUGGGGGUGGAGCUGGGGGUGCGGCACUGCGGCGGCCACGGCCACAGCCACGGCCCCAAGGCCAAGCACAGCUCCAGCGAGGACGAGGCCGACGGCGACGCCCGGGGCACCAAAGGCACCAAAGGCACCAAAAGCACCAAGGGCACCAAAGGCACCAAGGGCCAGCGCGAGGAGGAGCCCCGAGAGGCCAUGGCCGUGUCGGGCUACCUGAACCUGGCGGCCGACGCCGCUCACAACUUCACGGACGGGCUGGCGCUGGGGGCGGCGUUUUGGGGGGGGGGACCCGUCCGGGGCUCGCUGACGGCGCUGUCGGUGCUGCUGCACGAGCUGCCCCACGAGCUGGGGGACAUGGCCCUGCUGCUGCGCGCCGGCUGCUCCAAGGGACAGGCCAUGCUGCUGCAGCUGGUGACCGCGCUGGCCGCUCUGGCCGGGUGCCGCUUGCUCGUUUGCUGGCUGAGGGCUCCGGGGGCCGGCGCCGUGGCCGGGAUCCUUCCCUUCACCGCCGGCGGCUUCAUCUACCUGGGCACCGUGUCCGUGAUCCCCGAAAUCCUCCGCAAUUCCGGGCCCGCCCAGGCCCUGCUCCAGCUCCUGGCGCUCCUGGCCGGCGUGGCCAUGAUGCUGCUGAUCGCCCACUAUGAGUAGGGCAUUCCCAAAAUUUCCCCAAAUCCCAGCAAAACUUCCCCGUUUUGGACCUCCCCCGUUUAGCCCCGAAAUUCCUGUGGGAGUGGGAGAGGCUCAUUCCCGGAUUUAUCCUUCCCCCCUCGCCCCCCCGUCGCAUUUUGGGACCAAAGCGCGCUCCGGAAUUGAAAUUUGGGGGGGUCUAGAGGGGGUUUGGGGGGGAAAUGGGGGAAUUUUGGGAAGUUGGUGGGGGUGGGGGGUUUUUUUUAUUAUUAAUGAUGGGUGUAGCGAAUCAUGUUGGAAUAAAACGUGAGGAUGACGACGA